UUCAAACAUUUUCACGAGUGUUGAUCGAUUCCAGUGUUCCCCGCCGCUCUAAAAUCCAACCCUAGAGGAAGGCGCGUAGAUAACAAACUCUAGGUAGAAUGGUGGGGGCGAACUUGAAAGCAGAAGCAAUGGCUCUGAUGGACAGGAGGACUGAACUGGAAGCUCAGAUGAACGCCAUCAUCCAGCGUCUCUGCCAGCCCGGCGGUCCCGGAAUUUCAGGCAGUCUCGUUGAUUCCGAGGGGUUUCCUCGGUCAGAUAUUGACAUUCCAACUGUGCGAGCAGAGAGGCAACGUCUUGCCGAGCUGCGGAAUGAUUACAAGGAUAUUACUGAGAAAAUAAAUGAAAAUAUUCAACUUUUGCAUUCAGCAAGGCUUGCUCCUAGAUCCUCACUGCACAAAGAUUUAGAUAAUGAUGAGGGGUCAAAUAACCAAGAUUUAUCCACUGCUACUGCUGUUCCAUCUGCAGCUUCUCACAAUGUUCUUCCCAGAGAUACCCUGACUGCCAUGGACGUGGAUGCCACUGUCAGCUUACCCUUUGCAGUGGUUGAUGAAAUAGCCGAGGCAUCACCAGCAGCAGAGGAUGGGUUACAACUUGGAGAUCGGAUUGUGAAAUUCGGGAACGUGGAAGCUGGUGAUAAUUUGCUCCCAAGGCUUGCUUCUGAAGCCCAGACAAACCAUGGUCAUGCAAUACCUGUUAUAGUUAUGAGGCAAGGUGCACUGAUCAACUUAACAAUGACACCUAGAACAUGGCAAGGCCGGGGUCUACUGGGAUGUCAUUUCCAAAUGUUAUAAUUGGUUGUAUUUCAUGUCAAAUUGGGAAGGAUACGGCAAGAUGUUAGUGCCCUCUCCUGUUCUAAUGCCAGCUGCAAAAUGGUGCUCAGAUAUUUUGUGUUGGUAUUGAGGUGCCUGUUAAUUUUAAUGGUUUCUUGUAUGAAAUGAUUACACCAAAUACUCCUCCCUCUUUACAGGCAUAUCACUUAAACGGAUGAUUAAUUGACCUUAUUGUGUCCUAACCUCUAAUAGACUUGAAGAGGUUCAACCUUUUGUAGUUUCUGCUCUUAAGGUGCAAAGCCCAACAUCCCAUAUGGUUUCAUUAA